AUGGCUCAAUCCCGCCGCCUCUCUCGCACCCGGGAAUACCAUCCAGUCCAUAGUCGAGUAGGUAGUCAACCUGGACUUCCUUUCGCCGUGUCCUGCGGCAUUCAUCCACCUAUCCACCCACACUUUCUCUUCCCUGGGCCCGUCCAAUCCAUCCACCACGACGCGCUGGCGACAUCCACCGACAUCAUCCAAGUGUCCGUCCCAUCCCCUAGCCCACCGAGUCGCCAUGUUUCCGAAGGAGGGAUACGACGGGUAUUGGGGCAUCGCCGCUGGGACCUGGACGCUGGAUGCCCACCAAGCUGCAGACUGCAGAAUCCAGACAGCCUCCUGUGA